AUGGAAUCGUCGGGUUCCGUCUCCCUCCCUCCCUCCCCCGCUCCUUCAUACACCUUUCCAUUUCUCUCCAACCUCUCCCAGCCCUCCACCUCUCCCUCAAUCUCUCCUUCCCCAAGUGUGGCCUCCACUGCUCUCUUCUGUCUCCUCCUCUCUCUACUGUCUCUCCUCGGCAUUGUAGGUAACCUCUACACGCUGGCCCUGCUCCUCCGACGGCGCAGGGGUGCCAGAAGGAGACGUUCAGGCGCCGGCUGCUGUCUAGGACCUCCUUGCUUCGGUGCCUCGUCCCCUUCUCUCUCUCCUUCCUCCUCGCCAACCUCCUCCUCCUCUUCCUCCUCUCUACACCUGCAGGUUCUCAGCCUGGCCCUGGCGGACUUGCUCUACCUCUCCACCGCGCCUUUCAUCGUUUAUGACAGCCUGGCUUUGGACUGGGCCUUCGGAGAACUUGGCUGUCGCCUCCUCCUGAGCCUGGAUCUUCUCACCAUGCACGCCAGCAUCUUCACCCUCACCGCCAUGAGCCUGGACAGGUACCGGGCCGUGGCCGACCCCCUGGCCACCUCGUCGUCGCCCUCCUCCGGGCUGCUGCGCGUGGCGUUGGCCUGGGGGCUCGCGGUGGCUCUGAGCCUGCCAAUGAUGAUCACUCUGCACCUCGAGGAUGUGGAGAACCAACAGAGGAAGAUCUGUGUGCCGGCCUGGGACGAGCAAAGCUCCAGAGCGUACCUCAGCACCCUUUUCUGCACCAGCAUUCUGGGUCCCGGCCUGGCCAUCGGAGCCCUCUACACUGCCUUAGGACGUCUUUACUGGGUGUCCCAAACGCAACCGGCCUGGGCCGGAGGCAGUACCUACCCUCCGCGUGCGCCGAGGCCCAAAGUGCUUCUCCUCAUCCUGGGUAUCGUGUUGGCCUUCUGGGCCUGCUUCCUCCCGUUCUGGAUCUGGCAGUUGCUCCCCCUGUACCAACCCGACGUGAUGGGGUCCGUCCCCGUGGGAACGGAGGUGACGGUGAACCGAAUCUUGACGGGACUGACGUACGGGAACUCGUGCGUGAACCCGUUCUUUUACACGCUGCUGACGGGGAAACGCAGGCGGAGCGUGACGGGGAGACAGGGGGCGGUGGUGGGCAGGCCUGCCCCACUUUGCCAAAAGUCCAGUUCACUUCGCUGA